UGCAACACUCUUUGCAUGCAUUUUGCAAAGUUGCACCCUUGUGGCAAACGAAGCAUUCUCCUCGGCGAUUUGCGCCGGGCGACCGGUGCUGGACGUUCUUCGGACGGAUUUGGUUUCUUUGAAUUGCCAUGUAGGGGAAACAUAUCAUGA